AUGUCGGGCUUCAAAGAGGAGCCCAGGAGCGGCAAACCCGCAGGUGUCGGAAUCUACUUCCAGGAGAGUGGGAGCAAGAUCGUGGUGAACCACUUGAUUCGAGGAGGGUCAGCGGAGCGAAGCGGGAAAAUCAUUCCAGGGGAUGUGAUCACGGCCAUUGACGGCAAGAAUGUCGAGGGGAAGUCCGUUGGAGAGCUCCGCAACUACAUCGUUGGCAUCGAAGGAAGCUCCGUCAACCUCUCCUUUCUCCGCGAGUCCGACGGGAGCUCCAACUCCUUCGAUGUCAUGCUCGUCCGAGGCUCCCCUGAGUUCAUCGCUACGCUGUACAAGGCGGAAGGCCCGAGUUCAUCCAGUGAGAUCAGACCUGAGUCGCCCAGGACCUCGUUGUCGCAAGUCAUUUCCUCUUCGAUGACUCCGCAAGAGCCCAUGAGGAGCCCGGCUGUCAUGAUGAGUCCAGCCUCUGACAACGACGCGCUGAUGCGAGUCAAGAGGGAGUUGGAGGAGUCCAGGAUCACCAGUGACAAGCGGUUGAAGGAAAAGUUCGAGGCGGAAAGGGAGAAGCAAACCCUUCAGAGGCAGCUGGACGAGGUCUUGCAGACCCUCAAGGAGACGCGGAGGGAGAAGGGGAGGAUCGAGCACGAGCUGGUAGGGAUCAGCUGGAGUUUGACGGAGGCUGAGGAGAAGCGGAGGCUCGAGGAGGCAUCGCAGCAGCACGAGUCAAAACGACAAGCGUUGCAGCGAGAGCUUGACUACUUGAGGGAAGAGAGGGAUAAGAGCAGCAGCAAUGUAGGGAGAUGGAGGAGGAGGAUGGGCCCAGAGGCUGACAGAGAGCUGCAGGUCCAGUCUGAAGCUUCCUUCCUGCGACAAGAGCUCGAGAACUUGACGCAGAAAUUGAGGAACGCGGAGGUUGCAAGGGACAUUGCGGAGGAUCGUUGCCAGGUGCUGAUCCAGCAGAAGGCCGAGCUGGCCUCCCGCAAAGUCGAAAAUCCGGACGAGGCCCUCAAGGCCGAGGUUGCCAUGAAAGACACGGAGAUCGCUAGGCUGAAGUUUGAGCUCGAGAAUCUUAAGGAAGGAUACAAGACGACGACGAGUCGCCUGCAGGAAGCCAUCGAGGCGACGCAGAACACCCCUGUCCACUUGGACAACGAGUUCCGUGACACUGGUACGACUGGAGGGUGGAGAGCAGGAAGCAGGAAGCAGGAAGCAGGAGCAGGAGCAGGAGCAGGAGCAGGAGCAGGAGCAGGAGCAGGAGCAGGAGCAGGAGGACGGUCAUUGAAUGCUGUCUUGGCAGGUCGUCUCGCCAUCCUCGCUAUCCCGCACCUCGUCUCCCACCUGCAUUCGAUCCAAGACGGGCAGGAGAGCGGCAAGGGAGGAUCCCCCUCCACCUCAAUCCUCAUCCACGCGCUCAACCCCGUCAGAGCGAGAUGUCUCUCCUGCAUCCCACAGUCUAUCCCACAGCUUGUCUCUCUCCUGGUCUCACGACAGGUGUCUACUGUUCGCGAGUCAAGCUUCGCGAUUGCGCUCUCUUCAGUCUCGCAAGAGGGAAGGGGAGCCAUCCUCUCGAUGCCGCAGGCGCUGGGCCAUCUCAACACUCUCCUCAACUCCUCUGACAUCCAAACCCGUCGCAACGGAGCUGUCGCCUUAGGCAACAUCGCCAUGGAAGUCUUCGACAUCAUUCCCGAGCUCCUGCGCCUGCUGAUCGGAGAAGACAUGGAGUGCAAGCGCAGCGCCGCUCUUGCUCUUGGAAAUCUGUUCAUCGAGUCUCUUGCGCGCGACCAAUACUUGAACAUUCACAUGUCGGUCAAGGAGCUGGCAGAGCAGGUUCCCGAGCGCGUGACCGCUUCCUUCCUUGGCCUCCCUAUUCCUUUCGCCGACUCCGACGGCCUAGGGAUCCCCCAGACCAUCACCAAGAGGACUUCCCUCCAAGUCUGA